AUGGCGUCUCCCGCGUCGCCUGAAUACACAUCCGGGGAACGAGAGUUCCAAGUGACGCGGGACCGCCAUCUUGAAAAGUUUGACCGACUCAAACAAGCCAAUUCACGACAGCAACAGGAUUUAGACGUGGAUUUAUCCGGCACACAGCUGAAGAAAUGGGUAGUGAACAUCUCCAAGAAGUCGCUAACCGACCACCAGACCGGGGUACUGCAGAAGGGCCUGAACUUCGCCGUCACGCCAGACAAGGUUCCGGUGGAAGACUUCGUGGUGGCUACGGAAAGUGCGUGCCUGCACUUGUCCCCAAGCAGCGCGGAGCAGUUACGGUCGGAGGUGGCAGGCAUCCUGAGAACAGCGAAACCCCCGAAACCCAACAUCACAAAACAAGAAAGAGAAGCCCUCAAAGAACUGAAGAAGGAAAAGGACUUGCUAAUUCUCCCGGCGGACAAAGGGAAGGCAGCGGUGGUCAUGGACAGAACAGACUAUGAAGAAAAGAGACACUUGACAUCAUCAGAAGAAGACUCCAGGGGGAUAAAGAGUUGA